AUGAUUUAUUUUCCAUUUUCAUACCCAACUACUGAGUCUGUGACUCCCUCAGUAGGGACUGCGUAUGCUUAUGUGUAUGGCUGUACUAGCACAAGUAUUUCAGUGAGUGUGGCUCUGUGUCCCGGAGGAUUCUACGUGUAUAAACCAUCAGGACAUCCAUAUUCUUCUACGGGUUACGUGACCUAUCAUUAUAAGUGUGAACCAGACUCCUGUGGACCACUCGCUGAGUGCUCAAGUGAGGGAGGUUGCACCUGUGUUUCUGGGUAUGAAAUCCCUCCAACACACCUACCCACUCCAGAUUCAUAUGGCUGUGUUGACAUUGAUGAGUGCCAGAGGAAUUCAGAACUUUGCGGCACUAACAGCAAAUGUAACAACACCAUUGGAGCACACUUCUGUACCUGUCUGGAUGGAUUCGACGCAACAGAUCCUGCAUUACCACCUGGAGGCUCCAACCCAUGCAUAGAUAUUGAUGAAUGUCUUGACAAUGUCUGUGGGGAUGAUGGGACCUGUCACAACAACCCAGGAAGUUUUGUAUGUGAAUGCCAUGAUGGCUACCACCUUGUGCCUGAAGCAACCCCAGUUUGUCAAGAUAUCGAUGAGUGUUUCAACUCAACUGUCUGUGGCCCUGACUCUAUUUGCACCAACACGCCUGGAGCUCAUACCUGUGAAUGUCAACUGGGGUUCACACCAACUCAACCAGCUGCAGAUGUCAGUGAGUCCAACAUCUGUAUUGAUGUUGAUGAGUGUGUCGAAGAUGCUACUGUCUGUGGACCAAAUUCCAAUUGCACAAAUUCAAUUGGAUCUUACAUCUGCACCUGCUUCCCCGGCUUUCGGCUGGACAACCCAGAUGUAAUAGCCAGCAUUUCUAACCCAUGCACAGAUAUAGAUGAGUGCAGCAAGACGCCUGAUAUAUGUGGUGAACUAACAGUGUGCACUAAUGUACCGGGGACCUUCUAUUGUUCUUGUCCUGAUGGAUUCUACCCUUCAACUGGAAUCCUGUGGGAGAUGGGGGUUUCAUUUUGUCAAAGUCUUUCAGAUAUCCUAGAUGCAAUUGAGCCUCCAAAGGGUCAGACAAAAGAAAGAGCUUUCCUUGGCAAUAUGGAUCAACAGCUCAAGAACAACACAGGUGUCACCUUACCAGAUGCGACAGUGGCAAACAGCCUUUCUGCAUCCAUGGAAGUGUCAGGUGUUGGACCACGUGUCAGGUCAAGCAGGGUGAGUAGUGAAGGAGACGGGGAGACCGGCAGUGUGAUCCUGGGAAUCACAGACCUUCUAGUUUCUACAAUAGUGCCACGAACUCAGAACAAAACCAGCAAAGCAAUGCAAACUCCAACAGUGGAUUUGAGCCUCGAAGUCAUUGGUCCAGGGAGUCAUGAUGACAACAAUGCCCCUCUUUCUGCCAAAGGACAGACCAUGGAGAUCAACUUGCAGGCUCUUGCCAGCGCCAACAAUGGUUCUGCUGCAGCUGCCUUCAUGACACUGAGUGGGAUGGAGACUCUUCUUAGUCAUCAGUACUUUAAAACGGAGAACAAGACAGAGAUGUACUCGGAUGUUUUUACCGCAGUCUUACCGUCCAUAAACACCACCAACCUCACUGACCCCGUCAACUUUACCAUCCAACAUAAGAAGAAAGUACCUGAAUCUGGAAUUGUGACUUGUGUGUUCUGGGAGGACAAAAGCAAGAACGAAGAAGAGGAACAAGAGGACGAUGGCGAAAAAGAGGAAGAGACGAUGGGUUGGUCGGUGGAGGGCUGCUGGGUUGCAUACUCUGAUGAAAACUACACAGUGUGCAGCUGCUCCCACCUUUCUACCUUUGCCCUCAUCAUGCAGAUUGGGGAGCCUCCACCAGAGGAUCCCUUCCUGGAGUGGCUAAACCGAAUGUGUGUGAUUGUUGGACUAUUCUUCUUUGGUUUGGCCAUCUUCACCUUCCUCCUGUGUAGCUGGAACCCCAAGAUCAACAACACAGCCCGUCUUCACCUCUGCCUCAACCUCUUCUUCUCCCAUCUGCUGCUGCUGUGGAACGACAAAUAUGUUGAACAAGAGCUAGCCUGCACCGUCAUAGCGGGGCUUCUCCACUUCUUAGUUAUAGCAGGUUUUGUGUGGAUGCUGCUGGAGGCCUUUCAGCUCCACCUGUUGGUCCGGAGGCUCACUAAGGUGCAGGUCAUCCAGAGAGAUGGCCUCCCCAGGCUAGUUCUUUACCUGAUUGGCUACGGCGUUCCAUUUGUGAUUGUGGGUGUUUCUGCACUGGUAUAUUCUGAUGGAUAUGGUGCUACUGAGGCAGAGGUGUGCUGGCUCUCGAGACAGCGCCAUUUCAGCUGGGCUUUAACAGGCCCUGUGAUUGCUAUCCUUGCUCUGAAUUGGAUAUUGUUCUGUGCUACUCUAUGGAGUCUGAGACCCACCCUGGCCAACAUGAAAAGUGAUGUUUCUCAAUCCAAAGACACCAGGUUGAUCUUGUUCAAGAUUGUGGCCCAGUUUGUCAUACUGGGCUGUACCUGGAUUCUGGGCCUGUACCAGACAAACCUUUUCUUUCAGGUCCUCUUCAUUCUCCUCAACUCCCAACAGGGCACCUUCCUCUUCAUCGUCCACUGUCUGCUCAACAAGGAGGUGCGAGAGGAGUACAUAAGAUGGCUGACGUGCUCUUGUGGAAAGGACAGAUCUGUGAAAGAUGCACCUUCAAUCUCUGAGGAUUUGGACAAACCCGAGGGACAGACAGAUGAGGAAAACAAGGCUAAAUCCAGAUGAAGUAAAAAGGGAAAAACAAACAGAACAGAUGAUUUAUGUUUUUAUAAAUUCUAAUUUCAUGAAUGCCAAAGUGUGACAUAUUUUAACAUGUUUUUCUGCAUCAUUGUCUCUCAUGGUUUUAGCUGGCUGUUUUCAUCGUCCAAGGACUUAAUGUAAAGUGAGUUUGUUAUUAUAGUCAGGCUCAUUCUGAUU